AUGCCCAUUCCAAAUGAAGACAAGUGGAAAAGUUUGGCAAAAAGAUUUGGAGAUUUGUGGGAUUAUCCAUAUGCUAUAGGCAGUCUUGAUGGUAAACACGUGGCAUUGGUUAACCCGAUGAACAGCGAAUCACUUUUCUACAAUUACAAAGGGUAUCCCAGUAUUGUGCUUUUGGCACUCAGUGAUGCUGAUUCGUGUUUUACAUUAGUAGACUGUGGACAGUACGGACGAGUGAGUGAUGCAGGUGUAUUCCAGGCCUCAAGAAUAAGCCAGCUUCUUGACCAGGAGAGGUUGAACAUACCGGAUGAGUCUUUCAUGGUCAGUACCACAGAGAAACGGAUAAUGUUUCAGGUUGUUGGAGAUGAAGCCUUUCCAUUGAAAAAAAACCUCAUGAAGCCAUAUGCAGCCAGAACGCUUGACAGAAUUAAGCGGAUUUACAAUUAUCGGCACUGUAGAGCUAGACGUCCAGUUGAGUGCACUUUUGGCAUAUUGGCAAAGAAGUUUGAGAUUUUUCAACGCCCAAUGCGCCUACAACCAGACAGAGCAAUUACAGUUACUAAUGCAUGUACUGUUCUGCACAGUUUCAUCCGUAGAAGAGAUGGAUAUAUGAUAGAUCGGACAUCAGAAAUUACAUAUGAAAUCAGGCCUAACAAUGAACAAGGAUUGAUGAAUCUGCGCCCUCAGCAGGGUGGCAGAAACUCAGAUGAGGCCACAGAAAUACGUGAUCUGAUUGCUGCAUUUUUCAACGAUCCUCGCGGCAGUGUCAUGUGGCAAGGUCAGAAUGUGUUCCGAAAUGUCCUUCUUCUCGACGACUAG